AUGAGCGGGGAGGAGGCCGACAGCUCCAAGCCCCUCCAGGGAGGCGUAUACGGCACCUUCCAGGGGCCGCCCAGCUACCCGCCCCCGCGCCCGCCGCCCGUCGGCUUUCCACAGCCCGCCCCGCCGCCGGGCCUCUCCGCCCACCUCCGCGGCGGCUACCAGUCCGUUCCCGCUCGAGAUUACGAAGCAGGUGUGCGGGGACACAGCCAUGAUCGACUUCCCUGUUGCGGCAUUGGUUUUGGCUGGUUCCUGUUCAUAAUCGGUUUCUUUCUUGGUGCCAUUCCCUGGUACAUUGGAGCCCUUCUGCUGUGGUGUUCCAGAGUUGAUUACAGGGAGAAACCGGGCUAUGUCGCAUGCACAGUAGCGGCUAUCCUCGCUACCAUUGCUGUUAUCAUUGGGGCGGCAGCUGGAACUCAUGUUUUUUGA